AUGAGGUAAGUUUCCGGAAGAUUCUCAUAAACUGCAAAAGCAAGCAAACCUUUCAGCGAUUUCAAAAAGUACCCGGAAGAGGCGGCUCAGGUGCGGGAGCUCAUCGAGCAUCGUCGUCACUUUCUCAAUGUGAUCUUCGCUAUGGCAGUGAUUGCGGUGAGCAAAUCAAUUUCCCUGAAGAGGAUCGAUUCUCAAUAGAGCGCGUUUGCAGACCUACCAGAUUUGUCUGUCUUCUGGCUGGUACGCCUACCUCUCCGAGGCCUAUUACCACCUGGCGGACAACACGGAGCACUUCGUGCACAUGGUCGAGCUCUUCGGACAGUUCCUCGCCAUUUGCCUCCUUUACAUUGCUAUUUAUGUGAGAAGAAACGGUAAUUGUCAGUGAAGCGUACUUGCUUUACCCCCAUCGUUUUGCAGCUCUCACCGUUUUCCUCAUCAUUUUCUACUUCGGCGCUGCCUCUCUCAAACUCCUUCAAAUCUCGACCUUCUACCCGGAUCCGGGAUUCCGUGGAAAUUCACAGCUCUCACGAGACACUCCGAGUACGACGCGAUGGGAUUGA